CCAGGUGCUUUUAGGCCGUACUUCUUCUUUUCUGGUAUUACAUCUCAUUGUAAUUCCUCUCUGGCUUCCAGUUCUGGAGAUCCACAAACUGCCUACAUCAUCUUCAAAUACUACAACUUCACGAAAACAAUCUCUCUGUACACGAAGAUAAAAUACUGCGUACAUCUUACUCUCCAAAAGCCGCAUUGACCGGAGUGGACUGCUCAUCUUCUCAUACUUAAACUUUUUCUUAUUUUCUCUUCUUAUCUAUGGCCUGUGGGGUUAAGAUAUGGUAUCUGAUGUCUAUAAUGUUAUCCCCGCUACUGAAUUUUCGAUCAUUCGUUCAUGGUGAACCACAAGUCCCUUGUUAUUUCAUUUUCGGAGACUCACUAGUCGAUAAUGGCAAUAACAAUGCCCUUGUGACUCUCGCAAACGUUAAUUUCUCACCCUAUGGAAUCGAUUUUCCGGUUGGACCGACUGGCAGAUUCACCAACGGUCGAACCCAAGCUGAUAUUAUUGGUGAACUUUUAGGCUUUGACAGUUUCAUUCCACCCUUUGCAACAACAAUUGGCUCCGACAUCCUUAAAGGUGUGAACUAUGCAUCUGGUGGAGCCGGAAUUCGCAGCGAAACCGCAAAAGCAUUGGGUGGUAGGAUCAGCUUGAAGAUGCAGUUAAUAAACCACAAAGUCAUUGUUUCACUCAUUGAAUUGUUGUUACUUGGAAAUAAAGCUGCUGCAAAAGAUUACCUGAGCAAAUGCAUAUAUAGUGUUGGAUUGGGCAGUAACGACUACCUUAACAACUACUUACAGCCUCAAUUCUACUCCACAAGCCGCAAAUAUACUCCAGAUCAGUAUGCUGCAAUUCUCAUUCAACAAUAUUCUUUUAAGUUGAGGUCUUUGUACAAGCAUGGAGCAAGGAAAAUAGCAAUUCAUGGACUUGGUCAAAUAGGUUGCAUUCCAGCUGAGUUGGCUACACAUGCCACAAAUGGUUCUGCAUGCGUGGAUACGAUAAACAACGCAGUCCAGCUAUUCGACAAAAGGCUUAAGCCACUGGUUGAUGACCUCAACAAGGAUCUACAUGAUGCAAAGUUUAUCUACAUAAACACCACAAGCAUUACAUCUGGGAAUCUUUUAGAUCUUGGUAUUAUAGUCUUAAAUACUCCGUGCUGCCAAGUAUCGACAAUAACAGGAAUAUGUAUUCCAGGACAAGCACCAUGCAGUAACAGAACCGAGUACGCAUUCUGGGAUAGUUUUCAUCCUACUGAGAUAAUAAAUCUGAUCUCUGCUAGAAGAGCAUACAACGCUCUCUUACCAACCGACACAUAUCCGAUCGAUAUUCGCCACCUAGCCAAAUUAUAAUUGUCACAAUCACCUUGCUACACAUAAUAUUAUCCUUGUCUCGAAGGUUUUGUAUUUCCAAUAUGAGACAUGUAAUGUUUGUUUUCCUGUAAGACAAAUACAGCAAAAAGUUGAUGUCAUGCUGUAUUGUGGCCUCAUAUUCCAAUAAAA